AUCAUCAUUUUUCAUUUCAUAUUCCAAUUCCAUCAUCAAACGUUGUUCUGCAAGUGAUUCGUAAACAUUGAUUUCAUAUUUUUUGUCAAUUAAAUUUAAAUUCUUUUAAACAUAAUUUCCUUCAAAUUAAAUCUGAAUAUAAAGUGAAUUUUAAUCAUGGAUUGUGAUGAUAUGAUUAUGUCCGAAGAACCCAAUUUGUCUCGCAAGGAGGGUGGCAAACGUGGACGUAAGCCAGGUCGUAAAGCUUCCACUGAGAAAAUUGACAUCCGAGCUAAACUUGAACGAAGCAGACAAAGUGCAAGAGAAUGCCGGGCCCGGAAGAAGUUACGAUACCAGUAUCUAGAAGAACUUGUCGCUGAUCGUGAGAAAGCUGUGCUGGCACUUCGCGCCGAAUUGGAUAGACUCUUAAAUGUUUCAGUACAAGUUGUGGAGCGCUGAAUUAAAUGAAGGACGAUUACCUGACGGUUUUCAAGGACUUCUCGAAGAGAUGGGUGUGCUUAAACAAGAAUGAAUUUAAGCAUUGCAUCUGGAUUUAUUUUUAUUUAAUCUUUUUCAUAAAUAGUUUUUCUUAUUUGAUUU